GCGGCGGCCGUGGAGCCCCGGCGAGGCGGGGGCGGCUCCGUCCCGCAGACCGCUCCGCCACCGAGGCACUGCCGCCGCUGGAGUCACGGCCGACCCGAGGAGGAGGAGGAGAAGAAGAAGAUGCCAGGGGGACGCUGAAAGAAAAUGAACUUUUUGGAUGCCCUAUGGGGAGAUGCGUCUUUGACAUGGAGCAGAUGUUUGGUCAUCUUCAAUCUGAGGCAACAGAAUGUGUGCUACAUAUAACAGAAGAAUUAAUUGUGGAAAGAGACCAGCUGAAUGGCUAUAUCACAAUAAGAAAUUGGUCUAAAAAUGUUAGUGUUUCAUGCCACUAAUGUAAGGUUGGGAAAGCCUAGUAACCCAACAGUCAAAAGAAUUACUUUUUUGUAAAAGCCAGUUCAAAAAGAACAAGCAGUCAAUAUAUAUUUUACUAUGUGUUCCCUGCUUAUUUAGCACUGAAUCUUUUAUCACACUGAAAUCAUGGUGUGAGGAUUGGUGGACAGUGUCCCCCGCCCACCAUCCCCAGCAUACCUCUGGCAACUAAAGACUGUGUCAAGAUGACCUCUGAGGAGAUGAGAGCGUCUGUUCUCCUCUCUGUGGUACGGGGUAAAGUGAUACCUGCUCAGUCAGCUGGAGAUGAAAAUACUGAAAAUGCUUUGGACACCAGUGUUAUAAAAAGACAUACUGCCAGUUCAGGAAGGCAAACCACACAUACUCUGUCAUACUUACACAGACUGGAAGAAGAAAGUCUUCAGGGCUCAGUGCCCAAAAUAUUCUCUCUGGCGAAAGAACAACUGACUAACGACAAGAGUAAUGAAAACUUCUGGGAUAGGAGUAGCUCCAUCCCUGAUCCAGUGGAAUUUCUUAACAUUAACUGUAACAUUGUACAGAAAAACUACAAGAGCAAUAUCCCCUGCAGCCAGUUGUAUCAGUCUUGUGAUCCUUUAGCAGGGGGAGAGGCAUGCCUGGAAACUGGAAUUCCUGUUUCACUAGAAAGAGCCAUGCUUGCUGAAAUUCAGUUGAAAAUGAAUGGACCUUCAUUAAGAAGCCAGACAGCAGUAAAUAAGAAUGACAGCGGUGAUCCUGACAAAGUGGCCUUUUUUCACUUACAUUGUGCUGGUGAAAGGAAUAUAUCAAAGGCUUUGUGCAGUUUACACAACAGCUUCAUUUUGGAUGACUGCUUGCAGCCUGUGAACGUUGGUGAUGGUAACACCUCUGGUUCCUCAGGCUGCACUUGCAGCAUAGUGGAGUUGACAAAUAAUUCUGAGAAUGCAAAUGGGCAGCAGUUGUAUGAAGAUGCUUUAAGGGACAAGUAUUUAUGUCUGGAAAGAGCACCACGAAAGGUUAAAGUGGCGUGCUCAGGUCACAACUUCUAUGGAAAUAACUUUACUGGAAGAAUGCCCUCAAAGCCCUUUCUGAGCCAUUUUGAAGACUGCAAUGAUAACUGUGAAGAUGAGUUGGAAGAGGAUUUUUUUCGAAACAAAAAGGAACGUUCUACUCUAUUAAUAAGACGUUUCUGUAAAAAUGAUAAGGAGGUUAAAAAAUCAGUUUAUACUGGAACGAGAGCAACUGUUAGGACUUCACCUUCAGGGCACAUAGGAACUGUUGCUUGGAAUUAUGUUGAGCAAAGGAGAAACAAUGGGGGCUUGAAGCUUUCUAGGAUUACAACAGAACAGCUAACUAUAAUUCAGUCCUUAAUAAAAUGGAAGUUUAAUUCCUGCCUUGAAAAGUCUUUAUGGUAUGAGAUCUUCAGUACAGUGAGAGAAGAAGAGGAGGGAGCAGAAGAUAUUUUUGAAUAUAUUCCUCAUCUUCGGAGAAAGCUCCCAACCUUUAUUACAGUCUGUAUUUGCAAAGAUGAUGGGUUUUGUGUAAAACCAUGUGUAGCAGAUGCUUACUGUCAAUAUCGUGCCACUUUACAGAGGACUGCACUCUCUAACUAUAUAACUGGUGCUUUACUAGAAGCAACUACAUCAUUAGGAGCAAGAAGUGGUCUUUUAAAUAUCUUUGGAGGAUCAACUGGAAGAACAAUGCUUAAAGAACGUCAAGCAUGUACAUCUAUGGCUGGCUCCAGCAUCCUUCUCUCCAACGUGGCUGGGAUCAGCAAAGAGCUGAUCGAACUCCAGCACCUCAUCCAGUUCCCAGAGGAGGUUGCCAGCAUUCUGACCGAGCAGGAGCAGGAGCUCUACCGGAAAGUCUUACCCAUUGACUACCUCUGCUUUUUAACCAGGGAUUUGGGUAAUGCUGAAUGUCAAAGCAAGCUGCCAUCUCUUAAGGCUUCCAUAUCUGCUACUAUUCUUUCUUCUCCCAAUGGUGAACAUAAUGCUGUAGAAGAUCUUGUGACAAGGUUUAAUGAGGUGAGCUCGUGGGUUACCUGGCUGAUCCUGACUGCAGGUUCUAUGGAGGAGAAACGAGAAGUCUUCUCAUAUUUAGUACAUGUGGCAAAAUGCUGCUGGAAUAUGGGCAACUACAAUGCUGUUAUGGAAUUUCUGGCAGGGCUAAGAUCAAGAAAAGUUUUAAAAAUGUGGCAAUUUAUGGACCAGUCUGAUAUUGAAACCAUGCGAAGUCUGAAAGAUGCUAUGGCACAACAUGAGUCAUCAUCUGAAUACAGGAAAGUGGUCAACCGAGCACUCAAUAUUCCAGGCUGUAAAGUUGUUCCUUUCUGUGGUGUAUUUUUAAAGGAGCUUUGUGAAGUUUUGGAUGGAGCAUCAAGCCUCAUCAGACUCUGUCCACGAUAUAACUCCCAAGAAGAAACAUUAGAGUUUGUUUCAGAUUACAGUGGACAAGAUAAUUUCUUGCAACGAGUAGGUCAAGAUGGUUUGAAUAAUCCAGAAAAAGAAUCAACAACAAACAGUAUCUUUCAAACUAUCCGGAGCUGCAAUCGCAGUUUGGAAUCUGAGGAGGGUGAAGAUAAUGUUAGUGAAGGGAGCAAUUCAAGAAAAAACUCCUUGAAGGACAAAAACCGGUACCAAUUUAUAAUUGGAGACCUUUCAGAUUCUGAAAGUGACAUAUUUGAGCAGUUGAAGGAAUGGGACACAAAUUCAACAGAAGAGCAACAAAAGGCUUUCUGCCAUGGGAUAGAACUCAUUCCCUGGUACGUGUUAUCUAUCAGGGCUGAUGUCCAUCAGUUCAUGCAACAAGGGGCAACCGUCAUUCAUUAUGACCAAGAGACACAUCUCUCAGCACGGUGCUUUCUUCAGCUUCAGCCUGACAAUAGUACUUUGACUUGGACAAAACCCACAACAGUUUGCCCUGCAAAUGCUAAGGCAAAACUGAGUGUGCUGGGUAAUACCGCUGAGCUUGGUAAAUACCAGUUUCUUGGUAAUACUGGACUGGUGGAAGGUUUUUUGGACUUGUUUUCAGCCAAGGCUGUAUAUAUGGGACACUCGGGCAUUGAUAUGCACACUGUGUGUGUUCAAAAUAAACUCUGUAAUAUGUCCCUUGAAGAAAAUGGUAUAACACUACUUUAUGGACUUCAGACUACUGACAAUAAGUUGCUGCACUUUGUUGCUCCAAAAUAUACUGCCAGAAUGCUGUAUGAUGGAUUGCUGGAAUUGACUAAAGCUGUAAGAAAAAUGAGGAAAUUCCCUGAUCAAAGACUACAGUGGCUACGGAAACAGUAUGUCAGCCUUUACCAGGAGGAUGGAAGGUUUGAAGGCCCAACUUUGGCUCAGGCUGUUGAAUUGUUCGGAGGCAGACGAUGGAGUGCAAGAAACACAAGCACGGGAUCUCUCACCAAAAGCACUGAGAAACCUAAUGUACAGAGAAACAACACUCUGGGAAUAAGCACAGCUAAGAAAAAGAAGAAAGUACUCAUAAGGGGUGAAAGUGGAGAGGCCACUGAUGAUGAAAUGGCAACACGGAAGGCAAAAAGCUGUAAGGAAUAUCGUAAUAGAAGUGGCUCAGAUCCUCAAGAUAUUGAUAAACAAGAAGAACCAGAUCAAAACAUUAUUAUUAAUGCUUCUCCAUCUAACAACCUGCCAUCAAGAAGAGCUCACUCUCUGACAGCAUCCGGGUCUCCAAACUUAGGAGCUACAUCUCCUUCACCAGCAAGACCAGUCUCCUCUCCUGUAAUAUCUUCAAGCAAGAGUCAGUCUAGCACAUGGAGCAGCAGUAGCUGGCAUGGCCGCGUUAAAGGAGGAAUGAAGGGGUUUCAGAACUUCAUGGUGUCUGAUAGUAACAUGACUUUUGUGGAAUUUGUAGAGCUCUUCAAAUCUUUCAGCGUCCGUAGCCGCAAGGAUCUGAAAGACCUUUUCGAUAUCUAUGCUGUACCUUGCAACCGAUCCGGCUUAGACCCUGCUCCACUUUAUACUAAUUUGAAAAUUGAUGAAAAUAGCAGUGGAUUCCAGCCUGAUUUAGAUUUGUUGACUAGAAAUGUUUCAGACCUUGGUUUGUUCAUUAAGAGCAGGCAGCAGCUAUCAGACAACCAGAGGCAAAUAUCUGAUGCUAUUGCUGCUGCCAGCAUUGUUACCAAUGGUACUGGAGUUGAAAGCACAUCGCUGGGAAUAUUUGGAGUAGGAAUCCAGCAGCUAAACGACUUCCUAGUGAAUUGCCAAGGAGAACACUGUACCUAUGAUGAAAUUCUCAGUAUUAUACAGAAAUUUGAACCCAGUGUGAAUAUGUGCCAGCAAGGGCUGCUAUCUUUUGAAGGAUUUGCAAGAUUUUUGAUGGAUAAAGACAACUUUGCCUCCAAAAAUGAUGAAUCACAGGAGAAUGCUGAGGACUUGAACUUUCCUCUCUCCUAUUACUACAUAGAAUCUUCACACAACACUUACCUUACUGGCCAUCAGCUUAAAGGGGAGUCCUCAGUAGAGCUCUACAGCCAGGUUCUUUUACAAGGCUGCAGAAGUGUAGAAUUAGACUGCUGGGAUGGUGAUGACGGAAUGCCUAUCAUUUAUCAUGGUCACACUCUUACUACUAAGAUCUCUUUUAAGGAGGUAGUUGAAGCUAUUGAUCGCAAUGCAUUCAUCACUUCUGACAUGCCAGUUAUCAUAUCCAUAGAAAACCACUGCUCAUUGCCUCAGCAACGCAAGAUGGCUGAAAUCUUCAAGAAUGUAUUUGGAGAUAAGUUGGUGACAAAGUUUUUAUUUGAGAGUGACUUUUCUGAUGAUCCCAUGCUUCCUUCCCCUGGCCAACUGAAAAGAAAAAUCCUGCUUAAAAACAAGAAGCUGAAAGCCCAUCAAACACCAGUGGAUAUAUUGAAACAAAAGGCUCACCAGCUGGCACAUAUGCAAGCACAGGCUAGCAAUGGUGCUAGCAACCCCACACCUACCAAUGAAGAGGAAGAAGAUGAAGAGGAUGAAUAUGACUAUGACUAUGAAUCUCUCUCUGACGCUGAUGUCCUUAAUGCUUCUCCUGCUCCUAACAGCCAGGAAGAUAACAUUCUUGAAGACCGACCUGAGAAUAAAUUAUCAAGUGAUAAACUGCAGUUUGAAUACAAUGAAGAGACUGCCAAACGACUAAAGAAGGCUGAUUGUGCCACUUACAAUAAUAAAGGAAAGGUUUACGACAUGGAGCUGGGUGAAGAAUUCUAUCUUCUGCAAAAUAAGAAGGAAAGCAGACAAAUAGCCCCAGAGCUAUCAGAUCUUGUCAUUUACUGUCAAGCUGUAAAGUUCCCUGGCUUGUCAACUCUAAACCCAUCUGGCUCUAGCAGAGGAAAAGAAAGAAAAAGCAGGAAGUCCAUUUUUGGCAACAAUCCUGGCAGGCUGAGCCCUGGGGAGUCAGCUGCUCUUGCCAAAGCAUCUGGAAAAGGUCCUUUGGAUGUGAUGCGGCAAACCUGGGAAGAUCCUUGCUCUCCUUACAACUCCCCAGCCUCUCUCAGUGCCAUCAUCAGGACGCCCAAGUGCUACCACAUCUCCUCCCUGAACGAGAACGCUGCCAAGCGGCUGUGCAGGCGCUACUCCCAGAAGCUGAUCCAGCACACCACCUGCCAGCUCCUGAGGACCUACCCUGCUGCCACUCGCAUCGACUCCUCAAAUCCCCAUCCACUGAUCUUCUGGCUCCAUGGGGUACAGCUCGUGGCUCUGAACUACCAAACAGACGAUCUUCCUCUGCAACUUAAUGCAGCAAUGUUUGAGGCUAAUGGUGGCUGUGGAUACGUUUUGAAACCUCCAGUUCUGUGGGAUAAAAAUUGUUCAAUGUACCAGAAGUUUUGUCCAUUGGAAAGAGAUUUUGAUAAUAAGGAGCCAGCUAUAUAUUCUUUAACAAUCGUGUCUGGACAGAACGUGUGCCCCAGCAAUAGCACGGGCAGUCCAUGCAUUGAAAUCGAUGUGCUGGGGAUGCCUCUGGACAGCUGCCACUUCCGGACAAAGCCCAUUCAUCGCAAUACUCUCAACCCCAUGUGGAAUGAACAGUUCCUUUUCCGGAUUCACUUUGAGGAUUUGGUCUUUCUCCGGUUCGCAGUUGUUGAAAAUAACAGUUCAGCUGUGACAGCUCAGAGAAUCAUUCCCCUCAAAGCACUAAAGAGAGGCUACAGACAUGUCCAGCUCCAUAACCUGCACAAUGAAACAUUAGAGAUUUCCAGUUUGUUUAUAAACAGUCGGAGAAUGGAAGAAAGUCCCUCUGGAAACACUCUGCCUGCAUCUUUGUUGUUUAGCCUGGGAGAAAGGAAAGCUGCUGUGACUUACAAAGUGACAGUUCAUGGAAUUCCAGGCCCAGAGCCUUUCACUGUUUUUAAUGUAAGUGCGGGGACUACGGCUGCACAGCUGCUCCAUCAGCUCUUGGCUACCAUAAAAGGCACCGAGUCAUGCGCUGCAGACUAUUUUCUGAUGGAAGAGAAAAGUUUCAUAUCUAAAGAAAAGAGUGAAUGCAGAAAACCACCAUUCCAGAGAGUGAUUGGUCCUGAAGAAGGGCUAGUGCAGCUUUUGAACAGUUGGUUCCCAGAAGAAGGAUAUGUUGGAAGGAUUAUCUUUAAAACCCGAGAGGAAAAUUUAAACGAGAGAAAUGUCUUUCAAGAAGCAAAGGAAGAAGCAGCCAUCAGCUCCGAGGAUGACAGUUUCUUUGUUCAGGUACACGAUGUCUCCCCAGAGCAACCACGCACCGUCAUCAAGGCUCCCCGCUUCAGCACGGCUCAGGAUGUCAUACAGCAGACUCUUUGCAAAGCAAAAUACUCCUACAGCAUUUUGAGCAAUCCAAAUCCAAGUGAUUAUGUGCUCCUGGAAGAGGUGACAAAAGAGCCAACAAACAAAAAGUCCUCAACAUCUAAACCAUCUCAGAGGAUUCUCUCUGAUCAAGAGUGUGUGUUUCAGGCCCAAAGCAAAUGGAAGGGAGCGGGAAAAUUUAUCCUGAAGCUCAAAGAACAGGUUCAGGCAGCACGAGAUGACAAAAGAAAAGGCAUCUCUUUUACCAGUGAACUGAAGAAGUUAACCAAGUCCAGUAAGCAGUAUCGGGGGUUCAUGUCGCCCUCGCUGCAGGUGUUGUCGGACAGUCCCCAGAGCAAGGACGAAAGGGCCGCGUGUGGCUUGACCUUCAGUGACAUUGUAGAGUAGCCACCCCACUGCCCACGGUCUGUUCAGUGCCUUUGAAGGAUCCUGCUGUGGACUGAACUGGUCAACAAUUGUGUGCCCUGUGCUACAGAUGCCUGAUCCAGGCAAUUCUGCUGGAUUAACAUCUAGAAUCUGGGAAUCCUAAAUGGGAUACUGUAGAUUGGAAAGAUGCCUGUCAGCUAUCGGAAGAUUCUGCUCUUCCCGUAUCUUCACAUCUGCAGAUUCUCCAUAGGCGGAUGGAGAAGUUUUCUUGGACUCUAUGUUGUAAACAAACAUGUGUCAUCACCCUCUCCUUUUUAAACAAAAGAUAAUUUUAACUUGUUGCCUCUAAGGAAACUGAAGGCAGAGAACCAGAGUGUUCUUUUAUGUGUAUUAUUUUAAAAUAACGCACUUUUACCUGAAGAUUUCUGUUAAACACUGUGUUAAGUGAUUGUAAAGAGAUUUAAAUAUACUGUAACUUCCUUUGCAUAUCUGUUUAACUUUGGUGAAUAUACACAAAACACUCAAAAUUAUUUAUGGUUUAUCUACUUUAACAAAAUAAUGUACAAUAGCUAAAUACACCUAACUGGUAGUGAGACUUUGACAAGCAACAACAUUUUCUUCUUAUAAAUUCUUGUUUUCCAGGCUUGUGUUUAAAGACAGAAUAUUUAUUAUCAUGUUCCAAAGUACAUGGCAUUGUAUAAUAUAUUUAUCAUAUACUACUUUUUAGAAAAUGCAGAUUUUUACCUCUCUCUGGAUUUAGAGGAAAAUAUGUUUGAACUUUUAUGGUUGUUUCUUUUCAGCGCAAGAUGUUUAAUACUCCAAACUGACCAAAUUCAAAACAAUGCAUUGAUAAGUGUAAUUAACAUUUCAAAAUUUUUAAUUCAAAUACAUUUUUCCAUACAGUCAGAAAUGUCUUUUUACUUGUCUGUUACAGAGAGUAUAAAGAACUUUUACCCUAUAACUCCUGACAUUUUUGUUUACAUAGAAACACUGUUGUGAAGUUUUACGUUUGCUGAAUUCAUCUUUUGAUAUGUAAGUAAAUUAGUUGUGCUAGUCUUUUUUUUUAUUUCCAUGGGAGUUACUAAUGUGUUUAGUUACUUAAAACAAUCCAUACCGAGUUACAGGGGCACAAAUUAAACAACUGCUGGAAUCAGUGAUCCCUUUGAUCUCCCACAAGAAAUGUGUCUGUGGUGAACAAAUUGCUCUGCACACGGUUUUGUCUCACUAGAGCAAUCCCUAAACAAGAGAAAGAAGUAACAGGCAGUAGUGUCAUGACAACUGAUGCCCCCCUAUUAAUUAGAAAAUGAAACAGAAGAAAGAAAAGUCAUUAACUGUCAUAUAAACAAGCAGACAGAACCUGCAUUCUGUCACCAGAAACGAUGAAGUCUUUCAGUACACACUACAGAAAAUGCCUGUAAAAUAGCUAUUACCAAAGCAAAAAAGUGCCCUCUUGAGGUCAUUUCCAGCUUUCAGGAAAAAUAACUACAGCAGUACAAAAAAAGUCAAAUUUCCUGGUGGCAUAUCCUCACAGAGGCCAUGCACUUCCCACUGCUUGUCUUUUACAAAAGUAAACUUUUGAACUGAUAUAGCACCCCCAACCACCUCCGAGCUCAGCCUCUUCACUCAUUAGUACCAACUUGAACUCUGCACAUGCAUAAGAAAAGACUGAUCCCGAGUAAAAUGUUAGAAGUGACAACUUACACAUAGUUUUAUACGCAGUUUGCUUUGGAAUUCUUUGGAAUUACUAGGAAAUACAUCAACCUGCUGCACAAUUCAACUAAUGCAACUGGUUUUUAAAUGUUAGCUUCAUUCUCUGUUAUUUUAACACAGUAGCAGAUUCACAUCACUAAGAAUUUUUUCUUUUUGAUGUUGAUUGUGGCAUUUUAGAAACAAUACUUAAGGUUCCUGUAGUUUGCCCUUACCUGUCUGGCCUUUUUUUUUGGUGGUGGUUUGUUGGUUUUUUUUUAAAUCUUUAGCAGCACUGAAAAUUCUUACCAUCACCUAAGUAUCACACACUGGCUAAUUAAUUAGAUUCAACAUACAAACCUUGGGGAUCAAGGGACAACAGUAGCCGUGUCACAUUAACGCAGAUCUAACACUAGCCUGAAAUCUGGUGGCAAUUUAAAAGCAGCAGAUUUUUACUAUUUCUACUAAUACAGUAAUUUUUCUAGCUGUGGGAACUUAAUAUGAAUAUCUUCCUCAUUAGUCUCACCAAAAGCUGCUUUUGCUGCUUGCUGUUUAUUACAGUGAAAGAGGAGAGCAAAGUAUUUGGCUUUUUAUUUCAAAAUCCAUAUUUGUAGGCAUGUAGAUAUCUGGAAUUAUGUAAGGCUAACUACCCUGUUCUAGUAUUUCAUUAAUGUUCAUAUAUCACUUAAUUUCAAGUUUAGGUAUUGGUAAAUAGCCAAGUAAACUUUUGUUAAUGAAACAUGGUACACUUUGGAGUGAAUUUGGAAAAGAAUUACAAUACUCUUCCUUUUGUUGGGUCCAAGUUUCCUGAUAGUGAAAAUACACCACCACCUGAAGCAUUAAAUGGGGGGGGGCAGUUAACUUUCUUGAAAGCUCAGUUAAGGAGCUUCCAUGUGCUGAGUUAUUAUGCUAAUAGGAAAUUUAUUCUGCUUAGCCGCGGAUUUUAUUUCUGCAGGAAUAUUUGUCUACACCCUCCUGCGACAAGACUGACAAAAUAACUUUGUCCUUUUCUGUGCUUCUGGCUGGGCAUGGACAUCAAUUAGGAAAAUACAUUCAUUUUUACAUUACAAACUAUUUACAGGAAGCAGCUUCCAGGAUAAAGUUUGAAAGAAAGGAAUGUAAAUAAUCAACACCUUCCAGAAACAUGCUGUCUCUGAGCAGUAGCAGGUCUUACACUGAACAGUUUACAGGUGGAAAUCUCAUGCUCCAUUGCCUAAUGGCAAAAAUACAGAAGCAUUUUAUUCUGUACUAUUUAAAAAACUGCUACUUUUCUACCAAGUUCUUAACUUCUCCCUGUGCAGCACGUGGUGCUUGCAGUGGUGUUCUGGUAUGGGACGAAAGACGGGCAGUCACAGCUCCUGCCUGCAUCAGCACUGCUCCAUCUGUAGGAACUGGGGCACACCAGGAGCUGCUUCCUCUCCCACCUGAAGGGUUUCUUGUUUCUAUCUUACUGAUCCCAAACUAUAGCAGAAGACUAAAAAGUACUAUCGCAGUUUUAUUUUUUUUAAACCUAGUCACAUUACUUUUCUUGCUACAAAUAUUAGGUGAAUACUAGGUGAAGUGUCUGCUUCUAGAAAUCACAUGCUUUGGAGAUUUAAAGACUUCAACAUGGAAAUAUCUAAAUAUUUCAGGAACACUUUCUCUUACAUUCAUAGUUUAUUUUCAAAAAAGAAGACCUUGCUGGUAACUUUACAUUUCAGUGAAAGGCUGAGUCUGCAGCUUCUGAAACUGAACUGUCUGCUCUGCUCUGCUCUAGCUCUUUGAAUGCUUCAAUUAGCAUUUGGUUUUUAAUCACUGUCAGUUAUUAUUCCACUAUAAAACUCAGUUUACUUUUAGGGUAGCCCACUAAAUGUACCAAUGGUGGCAUUUUUUUCCUGUCUGUGAUAAAUGUUUUGCAACUUAAAUAGUAAUAGACAUUUGGCAGAGUUAGCAAAUUAAACACAAAAAUAAAUAGCAGUAAAUAAGAUUUUUGAUCCAAUAGAUGUAUAGGCUCUUUCAGAAUGACUUAGUUGUACAGUUGUCUUUCUCUGCCUCUUAAAGCAUGUCAGAGUAUUCUGACAAUGCAACAUCACUAUGUGCCAGUCUCUGUAUGUUUGGAAACUAUGAAAAAUGAACAAUUUCAAAAUUUUCCACCUGGACUAUUUUCUCUCUGCUGACUUGAAGAAUAAACCUGUAUUUGUAUAUGUUGUAAAAAAAAAUAAAUGGUUUAAGAUGUUCA